AUGGCCUGCUGUUAUCAUGAAGAUUGUGGAGAAUAUGCCGUUACGCCUAUGUUGAUAGCACCAUGCAUGCCGACCAGAUGCUGCGACGACCCACCUGUCUGCUACCCAUGCUUGCCAACUUGCAAUACAUCUCAGAUUGUGUACUGUUGUGAGAAACAGCGUCCGCGGCGGAGAAGCCCUGCCUGUUGUGAACACCAUCACCAUGACGGUGACAGCAGUGAACAGCAUCAUCAUAGCGGUGACAGUUGCUCACCGCAUCGCCGGCAGAAAUCACAUCAACAUGGUCCCCGGCAAACUCCACCGUGUUCGCUUUCACCAGAUUGCUGUACACCCUGCUGUAAGCCGGUUAAAACUAAAUACGUCAUACCAUGUUAUCGAUAUGAAGACGGACGAAUAAUGAACCAGCCUACGGUUUUGAUGAGACGUGCUUGUGAAGUGGCCGUGGGUGCACGCGAACGUCGUAAACCCUUCGUGAUGUCCACUUAUAAAGCAGACGCCACCAAAGUCGAGCAUCGAUAUCAUUCUGAAGACGAACGGGGUAACUGCUGCUACCAUUUCGAGAGGAAAAAGCAGGAAGUGCCUAGUUGCUGCUCGGUGCCAUCGUGUCGUCGAAGUCCGUGCCACGUCAGCUUGUCCUGCCCCGAGUGCCAAUAUUCAGAUUGUGUGCACGCACGGGCUGUCACCGGAGACAACAGUUGCUGUUUUUACUGUUAA